AUGGCGAGCACGCUCAUAAUCCAGUCACUAAUUGCUCUGGUGGGAUUUCUUGUAUACCACCAGAUCUUCCGGAAACCUAAGAAGAACCUUCCCCCUGGACCCAAAGGCCUGCCCUUCAUCGGCAAUAUCCUCGAUCUCCCUCCGAAUGGCACACCUAAUCACGUACAUUGGAACUCGAUCACCGAUAAAUAUGGACCGAUUGCUUCUGUCACUGUCUUGGGACAGCCCAUGAUCUUUGUCGGCGACAAAGAGGCAGCACAGGAGAUUAUGGAAAAGAAGUCUCAGACGUCCUCUGGGCGCCCUGUUUUUCAGUUUGCUAACUAUUGUGGUUUUGGAGACUUCAUCUCCAUGCAUCAGUUGGAAAAGCGGUUUACCUCUCAACGCAAAGUCAUGCACAAGGCGAUUGGCACCAAAGUUCUGGCGACUAAAUAUGCAGAAAUACAAGAACGAGAAGCUGGACGGCUGUUACUUCGAACACUAGAGGCACCUCAGAAGAUUGUUAAGCAUUUCGAAACUGAAGCCGGCGCGGUUAUCCUCAAAAUCGUAUACGGUUAUACCAUCAACCCCCGUGGCCCCGAUCCAUUGAUUGGCUUAAUUGACCGCAUGAUGGCCAACUUCUCCCGCGCUUGCGUCCCAUUUACACGACCUGUCGAGUUUAUUCCCGCAUUAAAGUGGCUCCCCGAUGGCUUCCCUGGCACGGGCUUCAAGGCUGAAGCUAAUCAGUAUGGCAAGGAAAUUCGUGCCGUUAUCGACGAGCCUUACAAAUUUGUUCGUAAGCAAAUGGCCAAUCAUAACAUCAUGGGAUCAUACGUCGCGAGACUUGUUCAGGAGUGUAUUGGUGACGGGGACGAACCGACCGAGGCUGACACACAUACUAUUAAAUGGUCGGCCGCGGCUUUAUACGGAGGAGGAGCAGACACCACCGUCUCAACUCUCAUCAGUUUUAUUCUGGCAAUGACUAUGUUUCCCGAAGCCCAGCGGAAGGCGCAAGAGGAAAUCGAUAGAGUCACCGGUGGCACUCGUUUACCUGUGCUCGCUGACCUGGACCAAAUGCCCUACAUCGAAGCAAUGGUAUCUGAAGCUCUCCGCUGGUGUCCAAUUCUACCAAUGGGCGUUCCUCAUGCCAUGUCCGAAGACAUGACAUACAAGGGAUAUGACUUACCAAAGGGAGCUUACAUUUUCCCAGCCAUCUGGAAGUUCACACAUGAUCCUUCUGUUUACGUUGAUCCUGAUACAUUUGCCCCUGAGCGCUUUCUCGCCCCACGAAACGAGCCUGAUCCUCGGUGGGCAGUCUUUGGAUUUGGAAGGAGAGUGUGUCCUGGGCGAUAUCUUGCCGACUCUUCGUUGUUUCUCAAUUUGGCGUAUCUCGUAGCGGUUUUCGAUAUUAGCAAGGCGACGGAUGAGCAGGGCAAUGUGAUUGAGCCAAAGUUGGAUUUUGAGGCGGGCAUUAUUGCAAAGCCCAAGCCGUUUCCGUUCAAUAUUACGCCGAGGAGUGAGAGACAUAAAGAGUUGAUUAGGGAUAUUGAGAAGAAACAUCCAUGGGAGGAGAGUGAUGCGACGUUGCUGGGCGAGUUGCCGCCUCCGUCUCGAUGA